GAGUGAUUUCCCUUGCUCCAAGGUCAGCAGCAAUAAUUUCAAGAUGGCUUCUGCAGUGGUCAGACUAGCAGGGAGAUUGCGUUCCUGCGCAAGGCUUGUGAAUACCAGGCCCAUGUCCAGUGCGACCUCGGCCGCUGGUAGUACGGAGGCAGCGCUGGACACUGUGGAGCCUGAGCACAAGGACAUCACCAUCACUGUGGAUGAGAAGCGGUGAUCCAUUGUCCAAUACAGAAGUGAAUUUCAUGUCUAAGGAAGACGCCAUCGCAUUCUGUGAGAAGAAUGGAUGGGACUGGUUCAUCGAGGCGGAGAAGAAACCCACCCCCAAGAGAAAGUCGUACGGCGCUAACUUUUCCUGGGAUAAAAGAACCAGAAGGUCCACCAAGUAGCCACGCAGUGGUGGGCUCCGGUAGGGUCUGGUGGGUUUUAGCAGAAAAACAGGAGGAAUCAUUGCGGGAAUGAUGUGAAAGAGCAUUAACCCAGCUAGUUGUUUUAAAGGGCAUCUGUUGGUGUUGCUAAGAUAGGUUUCUUAGAAGAUUCGCCAUGCAAGCUGGAUUUUCUUUCGGGUAGUUCUUGAAGUUAUGACAAGUGAGCAGAAAUUUGUUCUCCAUCUUGAAGAAAUGUAUCGUGAGCAAGGGUGUUUAAAAUGGAAAGCCAAGAGGUAGUCUGUGCCACCUUAUGUGAGGAGUGCCAUGCUAUAGUGUUGGUCUCUUUUUGUCUGUGAUGUCCACACAGAAACUGAACUUUCAGCGACAGCAUAAGUGACACUUGUUGACAAGUCUUGAAUUUCUAUAUCCAUAGCUAGAGAUUACAUGCUUUUCAAAGUAUAAAUGUUUUGUUCUGAGUGCUUAUCUGCCCCUGCCUGAAUGUACAUAAAAAUAAUAAAAUGAAGGUUGAAAAACA